AUGUCUAGCGAACCCCCUACGGAUUCGAUUCAGCUUGACGAAAGGCCACCAACUAGAUCAUCCAAUGUUUUUGGAAAUGCAUUACAGACCUGGGUAGAGAUUGAUUUACCUUCUUUGCAAAAGAAGUUGGAUGAACAAGGAUUGCAAUUAAAAGAAGAGCAAAAAUCCUCAUUACUUAGUAGAAAGACAUUAGCUGCUAAAACUAAGGAAUUUAGGAAGCUAGAUGAUUCUGAGAAGUUAGAACAAGUGAAGUCAUUAUUGAAAUUAUAUCAAAAUGAAAUUGACAAAUUGACGAACAAAAAUAAGACAGUGGAGACAUAUUUCUUUGGAAUAUAUCGAUUAUUAGCUGAAGCACCUGAUCCAAGACCAUUAUUGGAAAUGUCAUUGGAUUCAGUUAUUGAAUCAAAAGAAGCUAUAAGGUUACGUGCAGAAGUGGAAAAGCUCACAGAUGAAUUAACUCGGAAGGCAGAUUAUGAACAAUUAAAGCAAAGACUAUUACAAAAUGAACAAAAGGCAGCAGAAUUGCUCAGUUCCAAAUUGAGUGCAAAAGAAGAUGAAUUCAAGUCUUUAAUUGAUGAGAAGGAAUCCAAUUGGUUAGAAAAGGAAAAACAAUUGCAAAACCAAAUAAAGAGGGCACAAUUACAAAUAGAAGAGUUGAGAACAUCGAAGGAAGUCACUGAAAGACAAUUAGACAAUCAAAACAAACAUGACCCAGCCCGUGAUACAUCAUCAGCAGCUGUAUUAGCUGAGUUAGAUAUCAUUUCGCGUGAUGCACAAUCUUCAAAACAAAGAAUAUUUGAAUUAGAAAAGCGCAAUGAAGAACUCAGGCGACAAUUAUCCAAUUCCCAAAAUGAUCUUGAGAUAACUUCGAUCAAAAACGAGUGUUCACAAAGAGUGUCAGAAAUUGAAGGCGAGAAUGCAUUAUUAGCUGCAACUCUCAACCAAACAAGACGAAAAUUGGAAGAUUCUACUAAAGAGCAUACAACGAAAUUAGAAGCAUGUAAUAGGGAGAUCUCUCAAAUGAGUCAAGAAAUUAAAAACUUGAAAUCUCGUUUGGAUGAAACUGCCGAUUAUGAAGAAAUAAAGAAUGAAUUGCAAUUAUUGCGACAAAUUGAAUUUGGUCAUGAAGAUGAUGAGAAACACACCGAUGAGACGGCGAAUAUUGAUUCAAUUCUUAUUGAAAGAAACAUGACCCUUACACAGCAAUUGGCGGAACACAGAGCCCAGCAAAAUGACUUCCAAACGAAGAUCAAAGAAUUAGAACAAGAAUUAAACCUGUCAACUCAGGAAUUAAAUAAUCUCCGCUCAUUGAAUGAGAAAUUAGAAAAUGAUUUGGCCGAUUUCCAAGAUGUCGCUCAAAGUGGGAAAUUCAAUGAUACUGCAAGUAUGAUAUCUAGUUUUAGCAGAGUUCCUAGACAGCAUGGAAGAAACGGAAGCAUUAUAUCCUUAUCUGGAGGACAAGGCUUAGGUCCUAAUGCAGACGAAGCUUCACUUUUACCAAUUAUAACCAAACAGAGAGAUAGAUUCAGAGAAAAGAAUACUGAAUUAGAAGAAGAGCUUAGGAAGCAGUAUGCAAUUGUGAGUGACCUCAAGAGACAAAUGAAUGCAUUGAAACGAGAUAAUGAAGAAUUAUAUGAAAAGACAAGAUAUUUAGCAUCUUUCAAUAAUCGUGGUUCCCCAGCUCAACGAACAGCAACAGGAUCUACUGCGGGAAGAAAACUAUUAUAUCCAAAAGCUAAUGUGGAUUUGGAAAGUAAUAAAUAUCAACAAGAUUAUGAAUCUAAAUUACAUCCAAUUGAACAAUUUAGAAUAAGAGAACAAGAAAGGAUUAGUUCAAGAUUGUCACCUUUGGAAAGAUUAUUUAUUUCUUUAACUAGAGCAGUUUUAGCGACUAGAACAACCAGAAUGUUAUUCUUUUGUUAUUGUUUAGGGUUACAUAUAAUUGUUGGAUUUAUUACUAUUUAUGCCAUGAAUCUUACUACAUCGAUGAUACCUGAGGUGGGGAUGAACACUAGUACUGGAGGAGUUGCAUCAAGCCAAGUCGGUGCCCCUGAAGCCGCGAAGAAGCUAUUAGUUAAUCAACCUAUGUAG